AGGGGCGGGGGCCGGCGGGGGUCCCGGGAGCACCGGGAACGGCACCGGGAGCGCCGGGAACAACGGCGGCAUGGAGGUGGAUGGGGCAGGCGUGGCGCAGGUGAUGGCCGGAGGAGUGACCGGCAGCGUGUCCGUGGCCCUGCACCCCCUGGUCAUCCUCAACAUCUCCGACCACUGGAUCCGCCUGCGCUCCCAGGAGGGCCGAAACGGGCAGGUGAUUGGGGCUCUGAUCGGGCGCCAGGAGGGCCGGAACAUCGAGGUGAUGAAUUCCUUCGAGCUGCUGGCCCACGGCUCGGGGGGACACGUGCUCAUCGACAAGGAGUACUACUACACCAAGGAGGAGCAGUUCAAGCAGGUGUUCAAGGACCUGGAGUUUUUGGGGUGGUACACGACAGGGGGACCCCCUGAGCCCGCUGACAUCCACGUGCACAAACAGGUGUGUGAGAUCAUCGAGAGCCCCCUGUUCCUGAAGCUCAACCCCAUGACCAAGCACACUGACCUCCCCGUCAGCGUCUUCGAGUCCGUGAUCGACAUCAUCAACGGGGAGGCCACCAUGCUGUUUGCUGAGCUCCCCUACACUUUGGCCACCGAGGAGGCCGAGAGGAUCGGGGUGGAUCACGUGGCCAGGAUGACAGCGACGGGGGGAGGGGAGAACAGCACAGUGGCAGAGCACCUGAUCGCCCAGCACAGCGCCAUCAAGAUGCUGCACAGCCGCGUGCGCCUCAUCCUGGAGUACGUCAGGGCGGCUGAGAACGGGGAGGUUCCGUUCAACCACGAGAUCCUGCGGGAGGCCUGCGCGCUCUGCCACUGCCUGCCCGUGCUGAGCACAGAGAAAUUCAAAACUGACUUUUAUGAUCAAUGCAACGACGUGGGGCUCAUGGCCUACCUGGGCACCAUCACCAAGACCUGCAACACCAUGAACCAGUUUGUGAACAAAUUCAACGUGCUCUACGACCGCCAGGGCAUCGGCCGCCGCAUGAGGGGGCUGUUCUUCUGAAAACCAUCCAAAAAUAUCCCAAAAACAUCCCAAAAACAUCCUAAUAAUGGGGUAAAACCCACCCAAAAACCAUCCUAAAUCAUCCAAAAAUGGGAUAAAACCCAAUUCCUGAUGUACAAAUUCAACGUGCUGUACGACUGCCAGGGCAUCGGGCGCCGCAUGAGAGGGCUCUUCUUCUAAAAGCCAUCCAAAAAUAUCCCAAAAACAUCCCAAAAAUAUCCUAAACCCACCCUAAAUCAUCCAAAAAUGGGAUAAAACCCACCCAGAAAUGGGAUAACACCCAGUUUGUGAACAAAUUCAACGUGCUCUACGACCGCCAGGGCAUCGGGCGGCGCAUGAGGGGGCUCUUCUUCUGAAAAUAACCCAAAAACUGCCCAAAAACAUCCAAAACCCACCCAAAAACCACCCUAAAUCAUCCAGAAAUGGGAUAAAACCACCCAAAAUCACCCCAAAACCACCCAAAAACCACCCAAAAACAUUAAAAAAUGGGA